UUAGUUUUUCCUGAAGAAGCACCAGUGACGAAUUGAUAAAUUGAUUUCGGAAAAAGUUACGUCAAAAACUAAUUUUCACAUAUUUAUUAAUUAACUGCACUAAACUUAACGAAUUUGUACAAGAGUGAGAGUGGUCAAAGAAAGUAAAUUUCACGGCAAUUAUUGUGGAACAACUCCAACACUUAAACGCAAAGCAACGAUGGCGGAAUCAAUUGUUCAAGAUUGGCUGGCAGAUUACCGCCGCGUACAAAGUCAACCUGCUGAAGUGAUGGCCUUUGCUGUGGAACAUGAGACCGACCCUGAAAUCGCUGAAGCCAUUUAUACAAUAUUCAGUGAGAGACAACGCCAUGAAGCAUUGGUUCAUGACAUAUGCCAGCAAUUGUUGGCCUUUUAUCGCGCUCCGGAGGACACACUUCGUAAAUUUCCUUUACAGUUCAUUCCAGUGCUAAUUUAUACGUACCUGCACGCAGUCGCUGGUGGUGACAAAAAGGGGGCUCGAAGUGUCGAGACCUUGCUUAUUUGCAUUUAUAAUGCGGAAGUAUCGACAGAAGAUAGUGGGCAACGGGUAGUCACAUUCCGUAUGCCAAUACUGGCGCAAGCGUCGGUCUAUCAUGAAGAAAAAAACCUGCCGAUGACUGAUUUACGCCGAUGGGAAGAGAACUGCAAUCGAGAAAUUAAAUGGGGGCCCCACCCGCAGAUCGAGGCUAUUACAGCUCAGAAUAGACUGCGAAUAAUGACUGCAUUAAUGUUCUGCUACAAUCAGCAAGUAAGCCUUACGCAAAAAUCAGCGUUAAUACAUCUAUGCCGCGUAGCAUCACAAUUAGUCAAUCAAGGGUUCUCCAAGCAACACGCACAUCGAAUCUCUUAUGGUUCUGAUUCGAGUGGCACACUUGUACCCAAGUCAAUAACACCGCGCAUUCCACUUUCCUCAUCAUUCCUGGUAGAGUUGGUCCAUGCUAUUUACUUUGCGAUGUUUAAUGGGUUUGGAACUGUGGCCAUACAAACAUUGGACGAUAUACAUCAUCGUGCCUGUUUUGAAAUGUAUACGGAGCUUAUACUGGUAACAAGCGCCGUGCGGAAUUCACUCCACGCGAACCCCUCAGGUCAACCUAGCGAUGGACCAAUGGGACUUAGUGUGGCACUCACACCGGCAACAACAACUGUGACCACCGCCAUAUCGAAAUCGAUGAUCACGAAUGCAUCAUUCCGUACUAAAAAGUUGCCUGAUGAUAUUCCUAUACAAGUUCAGGAUCUAACCAUGCCACAAGGACCUCCAAUGUUGCCUAGUGUUACCGAAGAAGUCGAUCCUAAGGAUCAACAACAAACACAAAACACAUCAUCGCGUAACUCCAUCAUACGCCCAAGCAUGGAAGGUAUUAAGGCGCAAGCACAUAAAGCGUUAAUUGCUGGAUUUAAAAAAUCUAAAGAUAAAGAAAAAGAUAAAGAUAAAGACAAAGAGAAAGACAAGGAUGGGAAGAGUGGUGGUGCUGGUGCAGCAAUUGAGCCUCCGAAACCUCCACUGCGAAAAUUCGAAAAACAUACGCAACGCAACUCAUUACUACAAUUGCAAGCUGAGGGCUCCAAUAUGGCGACAACUGAUUUUGAAAAGAGUCCUUCAGCAGGCCUUAAGGGCAAAGCCUAUGAUACAGUGGAUACAUCGGAACUACUGCCCAUGCAAACGUUACUUGCUAAUGAGAAUGGCAGUGGUAGCUUUAGUAUUGACAGUGAACUAAAUGGGGGCGGUAUUGGAGGUGGUAAUGUGAUGACUAAUACUAGCGUAGCAAGCAACACGAAUUCAAUUACGAGCAGUGACUUAAUAACGAAAAGCUUUGAUUCGAGUAUUGAAAUGCCGCAAAUUGUUGGUGGCGUGGUUGUCGGGGGCAAUACUAAUGUAGGAGAUGUGAGUAUGGAUUAGUGCAUCUAGGCUUCCAGACAUUUUAGUUUUGCUGCGAUUUCUUCAGACAGGAAAGCAAUAAGAGAUUAUUGCAUUUGUGCCAAAUGUUGGGGCCAUGCUUCCAGCAUUUAUUAAUGAAUGUAUUUUGAGCGAAAAUUUUACUUCAAGCUGUUUAAUAUUACAAUAACUAUUUGCAAUUCUCUUAGUUUAACAACAAAAACAAAUUACAUGUAAAAAAAUUGUUGCUAGGUGUAAAUCGAAUGAAUGGAGAAGUGGUGACUAGGUUUAAUGAGGCUUAAAAGUUAGGUCUAUAACACAUGAAAAAAGAACUCUAAGGUAUUUGUGUGGCUAUUUUUUAUGUUUUCACAUGGAAAUGAAGGCUCAUAAAUUAGAAAUAUGUGAAAAUCUGUUAGAAAGAUAUUGAAUGAGUAAUUUGACAAAUGUGUACUUAAAUAAUUUAUUUUCGCAAUGAAAGCAUAUGCAUAUGCACGUAUGUAUGUAUAUACAUAUAUGCAUGGAUCUAAUACGAAUAUUACAUAUGAGCACAAAAAGAUUACAUGCUCCACAACAAAUUCGCUUCUUUUUGCAAAAUAUGUAGUAAACCAUUUGAGAGUGCGAUAUUUAUUCGUAGAUAUGUAUGUAAAUUUUUUUUUUUAACCGACUUAACAAAAAGGAAAAGGUUAUCAAUUCGUCGAAACAUUUUUUGUAUGUAAGUUACCGCAUAACUCUGGACCAAGUUAACCGAUUUCAAUAAUUCUUUUUUUAAAGGAAAGGUGUUACCUCAAAGGUGUUCCAUACUAAUUUGGUUUAAAUACGAGCAUCGGUUCAUGAAGAAAU